AUGGCCUCCAACGGUGUCCACCCGUCCUGUUUGGCCGGUUUGGUGAUGUCCUGCAAUACGAUACGACCGCCCCUCAUGUUUUGGAUAUACGGAGGCGGUCUGAAUGGGGGCACUAUUUUUGAUUUCAAAUACAACGGGUCUUAUUUGGCGGCACACGAUGUGGUACUGGUAUCAGUCAACUAUAGAGUUGGAAAAUUAGGCUUUCUAUACGGAGGUAACGGGUCGACAGCACCGGGAAAUGUGGGUCUCUAUGAUCAAGUGAUGGCUUUGAAAUGGGUCAGAGAAAAUAUCCACACGUUUGGUGGGGACAGGGAUCAGAUCACAGUAUUUGGUGAGAGCGCCGGUAGUCGGUCCAUAUCAGCACUGAUAGUAUCGCCGGAAACUAAGGGUCUGUUCCGUCGGGCUAUUAUGGAAAGCGGCGCUAAUUUGCAUUAUAAGGGACGACAACAACACACAACUGAUGAGGCUUUGAAUGCAUCGCAAACUAUAGCCAAAGCAUUGAAUUGUAGCGAAAAUUUUGAUGACAAUCAGUGGUUAGACUGCUUAAGGGAAAGGGAUGCCAAAGAGUUUAGUAAAUUUUCUGAAUCUACAUUCCCUUUGGAGGGAACGGACUUUUUGCCAAUUUCAAUAAUACAGGCUUUUGCCGACUCAAAGUAUAUGCAAGACCUGGACAUAAUGGCGGGUGUCAAUAGAAAUGAGGGCUCAAAGCUAGCUUAUGGAGCUUUUCCCCAACUACACAGUAAUAUCACAGAUAAAGACUUUGAUGACUUGGUGGUCGCCAUAAAUAGCUCAUACCAUGGAUUAAAAUUACCAAAUUUGAGACAAUUUUAUCUCAAAGAUGACCACAAAAAUCACUCGUCAGAUGUGUUAAGGCAAGCGUUUUACGAUCUUUUCGGUGACGUUGGCAUCAAAUGUCCGACAUAUCUAACGGCCAAACAAUACGCCAAUUAUGCCAUCAAAAGUGGUUCAAAAAGUGGUGUUUAUAUGUAUGAAUUGACUUAUCAGUCUCAAUUUGCUAAAAUAUUGGGUUGCGGUGAGAAUAUGGGUAUCUGUCAUGAAUCGGAUGUGGAGUUUGUGUUUGGACUUCCCCUAUGGGUCGACAAACUAUAUCCUAAAACUCAUACCCAACUGGACGUGGAUUUCAGUUUAUACGUCAUGAAACUGUGGACUGAUUUCGCUAAAUAUGGUAAACCGGAUGACCAGUGGCCCCAUAUAUUGGAUGACAAGAACAAUAUCAAAAUCAAAGACUUGAAUCCAACGAAUACGAGUCGACCAAUUCAUAUUAGAAUUCUUGAAUAUACUUACGCUGAGCCACCGGUCGGUGCCCUCAGAUUCAAUAAACCCCUGCCAUUGAAGAAACCAAUAAAACAUAUAAUCGACGGCACAAAACCUGGCAAUUCAUGUCUCCAAACACCCUAUGAUUUAAAACUACAACAAAGUGAGGACUGUUUGGUACUAAACAUAUGGACACCAAAUGUGGACAAACCACUGAAACCAGUCAUGUUUUGGAUAUAUGGCGGGUCCCUGAAUGAAGGAUCUAUAUUUAAAUUACUGUACAACGGGUCCUAUUUGGCCGCACAUGAUGUGCUAGUUGUGUCGGCUAACUAUAGGCUCGGAAGGUUAGGUUUUCUAUAUGGCGGUAACGGGUCGACAGCACCGGGAAAUGUGGGUCUCUAUGAUCAAGUGAUGGCUUUGAAAUGGGUCAGAGAAAAUAUCCAUUCAUUCGGUGGGGACAGGGAUCAGAUCACAGUAUUUGGUGAGAGCGCUGGUAGUGAAUCCAUAUCCGCACUGAUAGUAUCGCCGGAAACUAAGGGUCUGUUC